UGUUAAGGAAAUCCCUGAGUUAUUUUCUGUUGGACGACAAAAGUAGGGAGUGAAAAUAGGAAAUUUAAAAAAAUGUCUCUACAUAUGGAGCACCGGAUACUGGCAAGAAAUAUCAAUAGACAGAAGAAACCCUCAAGAGGCAUUGCAGGUUCAAUUAUAUGUAGUGUUUUCAAUAGGAUAUUUGGGAACUUUCGGAGGAAAGAUCUUCAAUGUCAGGAAUUUGUGAAAAGACUCAUAAUAAGUCCUUUCUUUAAGAUCUUUAUGAUAACCGUCAUCACAUGUGAUGCCAUCUUUAUAGUCUUGUGGACAGACUAUGAAACAAAAUAUCAUUUAUUCAGAUUAUAUGAGGUUUCACAGAUCUUCAUUAUAGCUGUCUAUGGUGUUGAGUUGUUCCUCAAACUCUAUGUGGACCCUGUUGGUUACUGGGCGAAUGGAUACAACCUGCUAGAUAUAUGCAUUAUGUUCAUUAUUUCCAUUCCCUAUACUAUGAUCAAUUUCAAAGGCCUGCACUAUCCCUACCUCAACAUUGGCAAUGGCUUGCAGUCUCUGCGUGUUCUCAAGCUUAUCUCCUAUAGCCGUGGGAUCCGGACGCUCAUCAAAGCUAUGGGGCAGACCAUCUACACUGUCAACUCGGUGCUGGCCCUGCUCUUUGUCCUGAUGUUCAUCUUUGCUGUCCUGGGCUUCUGUCUGUUUGGAGUUUCAGAUGGAGGUGAUGUGGAUAACUGGGGGAACCUAGCUGUGGCCUUCUUCACCCUCUUCAGCUUGACAACGGUGGACAGUUGGACAGACCUGCAGCGUGAGCUGGAUGAUCGAAACUUCGUUUUAAGCCGAGCAUUCACCAUCCUCUUCAUCUUGCUGGCCACCUUUAUCUUCCUCAGCAUGUUUGUGGGUGUGAUGAUCAUACACACUCAGGACUCCAUUAAAAAAUUUGAGUAUGAUCUGAUGUUGGAGAGACACAUGAAGCUCAUGGAAGAAAAGCAGGUGAUUCUGAAGAAGCAGCAGGAGAAGAUCAUCAUGUUGAUGCAGUCACAGAAAAAUGCUGACUAUGCAAGUUUCAGUGAUUUGGUGAAAAAUUUCAAGAAAACCCUUCAGCAUAAUGAUCCAAUGGUCUUAGAUGAUUUUGGAACUAGUUUUCCUUUCAUUGAUGUCUACCUGACCACUCUGGACAACCAGGACACUACGAUCUACAAACUCCAGGAGUUGUACUAUGAGAUUGUGAAUGUGCUCAGCCUCAUGCUGGAAGAAUUGAAUGCGAAUCAGCAGCCCCAGCCUGAGAAUCAGCAGCCCCAGCAUGAGAAUCAGGAGGCUCAGGCUGAGAAUCAGGAGCCUCAGCUUGAGAAUCUGCAACCCCAGCCUGAGAAUCAGCAGCCCCAGCCUGAGAAUCAGCAGCCCCAGCCUGAGAAUCAGCAGCCCCAGCCUGAGAAUCAGCAGCCCCAGCCUGAGAAUCAUGAGCCCCAGCCUGAGAAUCAGGAGCCCCAGCCUGAGACUCAGCAACCUCAGCCUGAGAAUCAGCAGCUGCAGCCUGAGAAUCAGGAGCCCCAGCCUGAGAAUCAGGAGCCCCAGCCUGAGAAUCAGCAGUCCCAGCAUGAGAAUCGGCAGCCCCAGCCUGAGAAUCAGCAGCCCCAGCCUGAGAAUCAGCAGCCCCAGCCUGAGAAUCAGCAGCCGCAGCCUGAGAAUCAGCAGCCACAGCCUGAGAAUCAGCAGCCACAGCCUGAGAAUCAGCAGCCCCAGCCUGAGAAUCAGCAGCCCCAGCCUGAGAAUCAGCAGCCCCAGCCUGAGAAUCAGCAGCCCCAGCCUGAGAAUCAGCAGCCCCAGCCUGAGAAGACAGAUUAUGAGUAACUGGGCAUGGAGUGCACCAGCUAUGGCAGACAACCACCCCCGCCACACACACAUCCGCCUAUUAAACACAUACCACCUGAA